AUGUUGAUGGAUUUACGAGAAGAAAUUCAAGACUUGAUAGCUGUUUCGUAUAUUGUUAACAAGCUGGUGGAUGAUGUCGUUAAACUGGAAGAAAUAACAGAGAGUUUGAUAAUCGGAGAUAAGCAUGAUUCCUUCAAACCAAUCAGCAUAGUUGCUGAUGCGUCUUACAACCCUCUAUUACCUCCAACAGAUACAAGUAGAACUAGACAAGCCCCGAUGUUCGAUACUUCCCAUCUCAUCUACGAUACUUAUAUUGUGAAGCCUGAUCAUAUUCCAUCAUUUAAUGAGCCUCAACAUUCACCUGCCAAUUCCCUGGAAGAAUUCCAAAGACUUGAAGAGCAGUUUUCUCAUUGUGUUGAUAACAAUGUGCCUGCUCCGUCUUCUAUCUGGUCUAGGAGCUGGCAUGAAGGCGCCAGCGGCUCACAUUCAAAUCACCCAUUCACACCUGUUUCCAAUCCUAACCACUGGAGUAGUACAAAUCUGAACUCGUGUGCUGUUCCCUUUCAAGCUUCUCGUCCCCAAUCAAGUUUCCAGCCGGUGACGCCUAGUCGUCGAGUACCUUAUAAGGUGGAAGAUGACCAGAGCAAGCGGAAGCGUUCACCCUCGGGAGGUACACGAACAAUCUUAGCCCACUUGGAAGAAGAAAAGUUAUCUUUGUACAAACAAAUAAAUGACUUGAAACAGCAAAAUGGACAAUUGUCAGAAAAGUUACAAAUGAAAACAACAGAGUUGGAUCGGCUGGUGUGGGAAAGUCAACAUACGAAUCAAACAUCUCAAGAUAGAUUUGUACUUCAACAACUUAAGGAAGAAAAUAGGAAGCUCGCAGGCAAAUUAGCAGAAAGGGAUGAAAAAGCAGCUCAGAAAGAGAAAGAAAUUGAAAGGCUGAUCACAGAGCAGGACAUACUUCUAGCACGAAUUACCGAGCUCUUGAAACAUACAGAAGUCAACUCUAAUUCUCAAAAAGAAAAAAUUCAAGAAAUGAAGCUGAAACUAGAAAUCUUUGAGAAGACAAACGACGAGCUCAAGAUUGAAAUAGUAGCAAAGGAAUCGAAGAUAAAACAGCAAGAAGAGGAACAUCAAACCUUGUUGAACAUGCACUCUGAAUUAGUUACCAAAGUGAGCGAUGUAAUGCGGCACUCGGAAAUAUCGUCAAGCUCUCACGACGAAGAAAUCAAAUCAUUAGGUCAUAAAUUGAGUUUAACAGAAAUUCGUUGUCAAGAACUAAUUCUAAUGAUGACGAAUCAGAAAAGUCAGUUGGCUGAGAAGGAUGAAGAAAUCAAGAAGUGUAUAGCUCUCAUUGAGGAGCUGCAGCAGACAGCUUCAACCAAUCAAGAAUUAAAGGUUCAAUUGACGAAUAGAGAUAAGAUCAUUAAUGCGAGUAAGGACGAAAAACAGAAACUCAUAACCAUCCAGACAGAAUUACUUGGUAAAGUAGGAGAACUCGUUAAAACAAGCGAAAAAACAAAUGUAACUCAUGACCAGAAGAUGGAAGAGAUGGCAAUGCAGAUGCAAGAAACUCUUAAAGUACUUGAUUUGACCAAGAAAACAUUGAAUGAAAAAGAAUUUGUUAUCACACAAAAGGAAGAGGAACGAAAGAAGUUAACUGCGACCCAAACAGAGUUGUUACUUCAACUAGGAGAGUUGAUUAGAAAAUCAGAGUUGAAUGCGCAGCAUGAAGAAGAAACAAAAACAAAGCUGCUGGAAGUGAGCGAACAACUGGAAAAGGCAAAAGAAGAAAACUCCGCUUUACAAAAACAAGUUGGUGAAAAAAGUGAGAAAGUGGAAGAAUUAACUAGAAAUUACCAAGUACAAGAAAAUGAAUUAACGACGAAGAUUCAUGAUUUGGAAGCUGAUAAUACAUUGAGUUCUCAGAAUGGAAAUGAGUUGAAACUUAAAGUUGAUGAACUAACAAAGGAUUUGAAUGAGAAGAACGAAAAAAUUCGAAAGCUGAAGAUUUCAUUACAAUCCAUUACAAAUGAUGUCCCUACGGGCUGUGAGCUUUCUGUGAUUCGCAGUUAUGUGCAUCCGGAAAUUCUUAAGAGAACAACAAUAUUGGUGAAAGAAGCUUUUGAACUAAAGCAAUUAGUGGGUGAUGAGGCAGCUCGGUUUAUGAGCAAUGGCAUGGAUUCGUUGUUCGGCGAACAUUGGCAGGUUGUCCUAUAUCGACACAGUGGUCAUGGAUGUUUUGUGUAUCAUAAUAAUAAUUGUUUUAUCUGCUUCCAAUUAGGAUCAUAUCAUCUUGUUCUAUUCAAAUACUGA